CCCGCCCGCCCGCCCGGCCUCGCCCCACCCGCCUCCCCCUUCCUCGGGAGGCCUUUUAAUAUCAUUAUCAUUUUCAAAAAAAAAAUGAGGGGAGGACGAAAAGAAUAAAAAGGGAGGGAAAGAAGAAGCAAAAAAAAAAAAAAAGUGGGGGGAGAGUGAGAGAGACAGACAGGAAGGCAUUCCAGCCCUCCUCAUUUUCGUAUAUUUUUGGAAGGGAGAAGAGAGCGGCCAGCUUUGCUUUCGCCUUUUCUCUCUCUGCUUCUUGUCUCUUUCUGCUCGCUUUUUCCUUCUUUCCUUUCCUUGGAUUUUUCCAACCACCAUUAAGGAGCGAGACCAGCCGCCUUCGCCGCAGAAGAUCAAGACGAGAGAGGAUAUAUAUAUAUAUAUAUAUUUAUCUUUAUAUAUUAUUUUUCACUACCCAGCCCAGCCUAGGAAGCACCGCUGGGGGACUCUUUCUAGCUUAGGCCGUUUUGUUGCAAAGAAGAGAGAAAAAGGAGCAAGCAAGAAAAAAACAGACAUUUUUCUAGACUCCGCGCCCAGGAUUUUGGAAAGGGUGUUUUCUUUUUUCUCCUUUUUAUUGGGAGCCUGCUGCCGUGGAUUUUUAAAAAUAGAGAAGAAGAGGAAAGAGACGCCGCAUAUAUAUCUAUAAAUAUAUAUAUUGACAAAUAUUAUAUAUUGAUAUAUAUGUCUAUCUAUAUAAAGAGAUAACCUUCACCUCACCGGCGUGGAAGUUGGAGCUAUUUUACUCGAGGAAAAAUAUUUUGUAAAUAUUAUUAUUUCUUCGCUGUUCCUGCUGCUGCAGAAUCGGGGAGGAGGAGCUGGAGAAGGGGGAAAGAAAGGCCGUGCUUUUCCUGCUGAGAAACCCCCUCCUUUUGCCGCCUUUGGUGGCUGCCAGACCCUUGCCUCGCCUCUGCACCCCACUUCUAGAUAGAUAUAUAUUUAUUUCGGGUUGAUCCGCAUUGCGAGGCAUUGGAGGAGGAGGAGGCCCGGCUUGAGCAGUAGCCGCAAAGUCAUCGCCUGCUCCCUCCUUUUCCCCUUCUUUCCUUCCUUCCUUGCUUCCUCCUUUCCUUUCCCUUCCUUCUGGGCAGUGAGUGAGGAGAAGGCCGAAAUAAAGAGGGGGGAAGGAGAGGGAGAGAGAGGCUCCCCCUCCCUCCUUCCCUCCCUCCCUCCCUCCCUCCCUCCGUCCUUCCUUCCCCGGCGGCGGCAGCGUCCGCACACAGCCGCCUUCUUCUCCCUCUCUCUCUGCCGCUGUUUCUCUCGCUUCCUGCUCCUCUCCGCCUUCUCGCCUCUUCUCGGCCUCCCUCUCCCCUUCCCCUCCUUCCCUUUCCCCCCCUUGGACCUCCACCCGCCCCUCCCGCCCCCCAAAAUGGGCUGCUUGGGGAACAGCAAGACGGAGGAUCAGCGCAACGAGGAGAAGGCGCAGCGGGAGGCCAACAAGAAGAUCGAGAAGCAGCUGCAGAAGGACAAGCAAGUCUACCGGGCCACGCACCGGCUCCUUUUGCUGGGUGCUGGUGAAUCUGGUAAAAGCACAAUUGUCAAACAAAUGAGAAUCUUGCACGUGAAUGGAUUUAAUGCAGAGGAGAAGAAAAUGAAAAUUCAGGAUAUUAAAAACAAUAUUAAGGAAGCUAUAGAGACAAUAGUCACAGCAAUGGGAAACCUGGCACCUCCAGUUGAGCUAGCUAAUCCAGAAAACCAGUUCCGAAUUGAUUAUAUAUUAAACCUAGCAAGUCAGAUAGAUUUCGACUUCCCAACAGAGUUCUAUGAACAUACAAAAACACUUUGGCAAGAUGAAGGUGUGAAAGCUUGCUAUGAAAGAUCUAAUGAGUAUCAGUUGAUCGAUUGUGCGCAGUAUUUUCUAGACAAGAUUGACAUAGUCAAGCAAAAUGACUAUACACCAUCUGACCAGGAUCUUCUCAGAUGCAGAGUUCUGACAUCAGGAAUAUUUGAAACCAAGUUUCAGGUGGACAAAGUAAAUUUCCAUAUGUUUGAUGUUGGUGGACAAAGAGAUGAACGCCGAAAAUGGAUCCAGUGUUUUAAUGAUGUGACUGCUAUUAUAUUUGUGGUGGCCAGCAGUAGCUACAACAUGGUUAUACGAGAGGACAAUCAGACCAACCGGCUUCAAGAAGCAUUAAACCUUUUCAAGAGUAUCUGGAACAACAGGUGGCUACGGACCAUUUCAGUCAUUCUUUUCCUGAACAAACAGGAUUUGCUAGCAGAGAAAGUUUUGGCAGGGAAAUCUAAAAUCGAAGACUACUUUUCAGAAUUUGCUCGCUAUACCACACCAGAAGAUGCAGCAACACCGGAACCUGGUGAGGAUCCUAGAGUUACAAGGGCCAAGUAUUUUAUUAGAGAUGAAUUUCUUAGAAUCAGCACAGCAAGUGGAGAUGGAAGGCACUACUGCUAUCCUCAUUUCACGUGUGCAGUGGAUACAGAAAACAUUCGGAGGGUUUUCAAUGACUGUCGGGACAUUAUUCAACGGAUGCACCUUCGCCAGUAUGAGUUGUUGUGAUGGAGAGCAUUUCUCUGUUUUGAACUCCUUAUUCCUUAUUAAAAAGAGAAAAAAACCCUAGUCCACAUAGGGUGGAAGAGAACUAUUGCAAUCUCCCUCUGAUUUGCAUCCCUCGACCUUUUCUCCUUGCUGGACAAAUAGCAGCACUUCUAAGCUUGCUUGUUUCACCCCCUUGGAACAGUUGUAAGUGGCCUGUGCAAUGUAAGAGGCCAUUUCUGCAAUGAGGGGGUGGGUUUCUCUUAACACUGUCAUUAACAAACAAACAAACAAAAUUAAUAACGCCCUGAAGGUGGAGCAUCUGAGAGGAUUUGGGAGUAAAAGUUAACUAUUAAAAAGCCAACGAAGGAAACGAGAGAGACAAUGUUAGGUAAUUAGCACUGCUGUGGGCGUAAAUCAUAUAUCCCAUGAUUUCAACUUUGUAUCUAUUCACUGCAUCAGACUAAAGAAGGUGCCAAGUCACAGACCAAGUUGAAAGGACAGGCGAUUGAGUUCGGUCCUCUGCCUCCGAAUGUGACUUUUUGAGUGGAAGGACUGACAAUUCAAUUCUACAAGAAACCUAGACAGUACAAAACCAACUGCUUCCUUCAGAAAGGUGUUGUUGAACCUUGGCGGUCUUAAGAUGACCGGGGAUGUUGCAAAAUGAACUGCAUUAUGGCUUGUGAUUGCAGAAAGAGUUAACCACACACUGUUUUCAGUUUGUCCAUUGAUGAUCCUGUCUGCUAUAUAUAUAUUUAUAUAUAAUAUAUAUAUAAAUAUCUAUAUAUAUAUAACAAAUCAUCUGGACUAUAGUCCUCACAAUCUACCCUUCUUUCUCUUCUCUUCCCGCCUUCCGAUUCCCUCUUCCUACCCCCUUUCCCCCCCAAUUUUUAUUUUACUGCUGGAUUAUUAUUCUUGUACAGACUGUAAAAUGUAUUAUUUUGUACAACUUUAUUGAAAAAAAAUAACUUGUAGAAGAUCUUUGUGCCUUGAUUAUGGCUGUACCUGUGCAAUGAGCUAAGAUGUAAGUAUGUUUGAUUGCGCUGUACAGCUUUGUCAACCCUAUCGGCAGCAUUUGCUCAAGGUAGGGAAAAUUAUCUGUAGUUUAGGGUUUUUUCUGGUUUAUAAAAGAAGGAGGAAAAUACUGUUUAGUAUAUGAAAAAAGUACAAAUCGUGCAAACUUAACCACUUUAAAAGUGAGGUCUACAACAAGUGACCAGAUGUUGCAGCAUCAUGCUUUUUAAUUUUUAGCUUUAACUCAUUUAAAUCUCUAUCCAAAUGCAAAACAUGGCUUGUUUCUACAUAAACCAAAUUUUGCUACAAAUUAUACAUGUUAGUCUUUGUCAUUCAUAGUCUUUUUUGUGUGCAAAAAGACAAAAAAUGGAACAAAAAAGCAAAUAUACAGGCAUUGCAUAGGCCUCAUUGGCCAUCUUCAUGCUGGGUCAGAUACUUUUCCACCUUACAAUAUUUCUAUAAUGGGCAUAAGUUCCCCAUAAUGACAAUAUAUACCUUGCCUCUAGAUUUGGCCACUGAAUUUCAGUUCCAAAAUGACAUUUUAUUUCUCUUUCAAUAAAGAGAUACCUUAAAACUUUGUUUUAGAUUAACUAUAUAAGUAGCUUAAAAUGAUGUGUGGAUAUUUUCUUAAACUUGAAUAAUUUAUGCAAAUUAUAUGCUUAGAACAACAUGUGGUACAGUUAAACAAAAAGAGAGCAAAAAUCACUGUAGCAAUAAGAGCAUGUAAUUUUAGUAACUACUUCACUGCUUUAUAUUUUAUACUUAGAUGUUUUAUGUCUUUGUGAGCAUAUUACUUUUUCAUGUGUCUUCUAAACAUACAUGUACAAAUUUCUACAUGGUCAAAAAUUACAGCUAUAAUAACAUGUCUAGAACAGUGUUAGCCUAUAUUCCACUUUGCCCCAUGUUGAAAAAUGAAGGGUGGAUGGGUCUUAAUAUAAUAACUAUUUUUAAAUUGCUUCUUAUGCAUUAGUAUUUGUUUUUCACAAAACAUCUCACUUAGAGAAAGGUCCCAUUAUAGAAGCAUCCAAUAAUUUUUACAGAUAUGUCUUUAAGACCUGUGUGUAUUAGGGAGCAUAGGAAAGAUCAUUUUUGAAUUAAAGCUGCAGUGAGAAAAUUAUUUCCCCUACAUCAGGCAUGGGCCAACUUUGAUCCUCCGGGUGUUUUGGGCUUCAACUUCCACAAUUCUUAACAACCUACUGGUUAUUAGGAAUUGUGAGAGUUGAAGUCCAAAAUGCCCGGAGGGCCAAAGUUUGCCCAUGCCUGAUCUACAUGAUGACAAUGCCUCUUUCCCUAUUAGAAUGGGAACUAUUGCAUCGCCCUUCACAGAGCACACAUUUCAGCCCUGCUGCUGCAUGUAAUAAUGAAGGGAAGAGCACAGUAUGCUCUUUUUUUCUAUUGCUGCAGUUCCCAAUGGGCUCAUUGAGAGCUAAGCCAUGUCUUAGUACAAAACCUAACUUGCCUCCUUGUUUAGGAGGAGGCUUUGACCAUGUGUGCCAUUCCCUGUCACAACUAUAAAUAAGUUGCUUUGGAUCGCAGCCUAUUAUGCCUGAAGUUAAGCCAAUGUAAAUUACCAAACUAACCAUUUUAAAAUGUUUAAGGAGGAACGGCCUUGUGAGCAUUUGGAACCGGUGGCAAUGUCUGACCCAGAAAUACACCUUUGCCAGUAUAUGAAUUUUAGCUAGUGCCUAUUGCAGGGGUUUCAGAGGUAAAGUCAGAGGUUUCAGAAGUAUACAUACAUAAUAAUAGUAUAAAAUGUGAGCCUUAAUUAUUGUUACAAAAGCCAAAAUCCUUUUUGAGUUUAGUGCCAAAUGUAUUUUAUUAUCUCAUAAAGUCUGGGAGGGGAGGGAUGGGGAUGGGAUAAUACGGCAGAUGAACCAAACCAGAAAGCAAAUUAUUGGCAAGGAAUGUAAUAUGUGCUUUGAGAAAAACAAAAAAGGUUAUCACCUCUUAUAUAAGAGAGACAUCUUCCUUUGGUGAAAAGAUGAAGCAAGCGUAUGUAACAAAAGUGUGUGUGUGUGUGUGUGCAAUGCAUGCGCACAUAGCACCCCAUUAAAAUUCACUUUCUAUAAAGCUUUAUCUGAAUGGAAAUGUUUGAGAUGCUUGUUAAAGUUGCUGGAAGAAGGCAGUAUUUUUAAAUGAAUUUGGGCUGCACAUUGUAUGGGGAGAGAGUGAAAGAGAGAGACGUGUGUGUGUGUCUUAUUUUCAUACUGCCUCUGUUAGUCUGUCUCUUAAGUUUAUGCAGUUUAGUGGCCUGGUAAACACAAGUCUUAUUUUUAACAACUUUUCUCUUUGUUUUGUUUUUAUUUUUAAUACAAAAAAAUCCAUAAAGCUUCAAUGCUUGCUGUUCAAUUCUGUGUUUUCUUUUGUCUCUACUUUAGUUGCCUUAAUUUUGCAGUAAUUUGAGCCAUUACAAUCUAACACUUACCUUUAUUUUCCCACUUAUUUAUUUGAACACCCUGUUCAAUUAAUUGUCAUGAACCUAGAGAAAUUUGCAUCUGUCAUCUCUUUCAGGAAUGUCUGACAUAAACAGCCAUGAUGAUUUUUUCUUACCUUUUAAGAAUUCAUCACAAUGUCUAAUAUGUGCAUUAGCUACAAAUAAAGACACUAUAAUUUCUAAUAAUAAAACCA